AUGUUUGCCAAAUUGAAAACCUUAUAAUUAGUAUUGUUUUCAUCAUUUGCUAUUUUGGAUAAAUAUUUAUUCAUCCAUUUAUGUGCCAUGGUUAGUGUCAAAGUUCAUAAAAUAUAAAACGAUAUACUAUUGGGUGAUUUGAUAUCAGAUAAAGCAAAAUCCAAGAUUGAAAAUAUCAAUAACAAAAAUAAACAGUAUUUUUAAAUAAAAAGCAGAAUCAAACAAAUAAAUUUACAAUUUGUAAAAUUACUAUAAGAUUUAUCGAAAUCUAUGAAUAAGUUGACAGAAGAUCAUUAAUUAUCCAUUAAUAAUUAUAUGGAAUAAAUAUCACUUUUUUGA